AUGACGCGCGUGGCGACAAGCUUUGCAGCUCCUUCGAGCAACCUUGCGAAUGCUGCUGCGUCCGCUUCAGCCUCAACAUCAGCAUCCAUUUCGCCAGUACCCUCGUCGUCAUCAUCUUCUGCAUCCGGCACAGCUUCGCCCGCUCAUGCUAGCAAGGCAGCGGCCGCGACAGGCUCGGGAGCAGCUUCUCCUGUAACGGCAGCGGCGCCCUCUUCACCCGUGCCAUCAGCCUCAGCCUCUUCGUCGACGACACGCAAAGCGCCCUCACGAUCGACAACGAUGCCACUAUCUGGUCCGUCGGGUCGCACUGGUACCAAUCUCCCCAAGGGCUUGACCUUUGACUGGGUUAGACCAUCUGAAGUAGCUCAGUGUCACGUCAUCGAACGCGCUUCCUUCAUUCCAGAUGAUCGCGCGAGCAAGGACAGAAUGCAGUUGCGCCAAAAGUUGGCCCCUCACCUCUUCCUUGGCGCCUACAUUCCUGUGCCUCCUCCAAAGGUCGCUGGUCCCCUUUCCGUGGGCCAUCAAUCGACGCCUCGCAGAAUCAUCGGUUACAUCAAUGCAACGGCAGCUGCAUCCAUGUCAGCUCGCGCCCUCUCAGAGCAUCUUGUCUCCAACGAAGAAGAAGGCAUCGAGGCAUGGAUGGUCUGCCUCCAUGCAAUCGUCGUCGACGAGCCCUUCCGCCGGAAAGGGCUAGGUCUGCGCCUUCUCGAAGAAUUCAUGAUGCGUCUACGCCGAGCAGAAGAGGGGCGUGGCGAGGUCAAGAAGGGAGACUUGGAGAAGGCCAAAGGGUACGAAUGUGUGGGUCUCAUAUGCCAUGAAGAGACUCUACCUUUCUUCCUCAAGGCUGGCUUCAAGAUUCGAGGGCCGAGUCACAUUCGAGCAGGGAGCGGCGACUGGAUCGAGUUACGACGUUACAUCCAGCAUGCUCACCAGCAGCAAGCAGAUGAGAAGCAGAGAGUCCAGGAAAAAGAGGCGGAGGAGCAACGAACCAAGAGGGCAGCUUCCAUGGCAUCAUCCUACUCGUCGACUUCCUCGUCCAACAACAGUAGAGUGGUGUCACAGCCAGAGAAGAGAAAGACGUCCCUCCACGUCUUGACGGAGGGGGAUGGCGCGGGCUACCCAGGCAUGACGGCCUCUCCAACGUCGGAGAGCGACACGAGUGCCUCUGUUAUCGUCGAGAAAGCUACCCCCAAGGCAACGGAACCCGCCAACGACGGCGCAGGCAACGGGAAAGGUGCCGGUCUCGCAGGCUUCACUCAAGCCGACCUCCUGGCGGCCCUCUCCGCCUCCACCCCCUCUUACAAGCCCGGUACCAAUCCUAGCCAGCCCUUCUCCUCCAUUUUGGGUCAGACGUUAGCGGGCAAGACGUUCGUCGAGGACGCCUUCCUCGCUCUUGAGGCGCGCAUGGUGAAGAAAGCAGCAGAGGGUGGAGACGGCGGUGAAGAGGGAGGAACGAACCUGGCGGAAAUCUGGUGCCCGAGGGAGGAGUGCGGAUGCAAGCUGGUCGCAAAGGGGAUGGCCAUGUGGGAGCUUGCAGAGAGUGGUCCACUCUCGCAGCCUGACGUCGGGUUGCCCCAGUCGUCCAGCUUGCCACCCACUCCUCAGCCCCCGCCUGCUCCGGCGAGCCAUAUCCGAGCGCUCAAGGAGAGGAGGGACGGGGUCAGGAGCACUCUUCCCGGAGCACCGCCUAGCGCUGAGUGUCUGACGCCUAUCCGACCCUUCUGGAGCGUGGUGAGCGCAAUGAGCUUUGACAACAUUGCCUUUAGCAAAGACGCCGAGUGGCGAAUGCCCACAAGUAGCGGCGGAGGCGAUGCAGCGGGGAGCGCUGGCGAGGAUGAGACCACAGAGACUGUUGCGAGCGGGGCGACGACGCCCGCGGCUGCCCCUGCGAGGAGAAGGGUCGUUCCCCCCAUCCGCCGCUCAACAUUCCUCAGCGGCGGCGGUGGUGACAAGAGCGGCAGCAAGGGCAGCAACUCCAAGCGACCAACAUCUCCACCAGAGCGGCCCUCUUCUCCGCCUGGACGAAAGGGCACAGCGCCCUUUGGCCGAGGCGGGGCUGGCUCCGGUCUUCCCAUCAGCAGCGGCAGCCCCACAAGCCCACAGCGCGACACAGCCUCCUCAACCUCCCCUACCACAGCGAGCGGCAUUGAUCCAACGUCCGCUCCCGCCGCUUCGACUGGUCCCGCCUUGACAGUCAAGUACCUGCUCUGCCCUAAUUGCGAUGUGGGGCCGCUGGGUUAUACCAUCGUGCCUGAGUCGCUCAAGGCGGGCAAGAUGGGAUUGCAGGUUGGCGAAGGAAUCAAUAGCGCUAAGAGCGCUGAAAAUGUCGAGAAGCCUAGGGAGAUCCAAAUCUUCUUGCUGGCGGCAGAGAGGGUCAGGUAUCGUUACGUCAAGUAG